AUGGCCGGAGCCGGAGGUGGAGGUGGAGGUGGUGAUGAGCUGAAGCUGCUCGGCAGCUUGGCGAGCCCAUUUGCCCUUAGAGUGAAGCUCGCACUCAGCUUCAAGGGCCUGAGCUACGAGUACAUCGCGGAGGACCUCCAAAGCAAGAGCAACCUCCUCCUCAGCUCCAACCCGGUGCACAAGAAGGUUCCCGUGCUCAUCCACAACGGCAAGCCCAUCUGCGAGUCACAGAUCAUCGUGCAGUACAUCGAAGAGGCCUUCAAAAGCACCGGUCCCUCCCUCCUUCCUGCCGACCCAUACGAACGUGCUAUUGCUCGCUUCUGGGCCGCCUAUGUCGAUGACAAGCUCCUAGCCUCGUGGUUGCAGUUGACAAGGGCCAAGACACCGGAGGAAAGGACGGAGGGGCUGAAGCAGACGCUCGUCGCCGCUGAGAACCUGGAGGCGGCGUUCAAGGAGAUCUCAGAGGGCAAGCCCUUCUUCGGCGGUGACAGCGUUGGGUACUUGGAGGUCACGCUGGGGGGCCUGGUUGCGUGGGUGCACGCCGCCAAGAAACUGGACGGGACGAGCCUCUUUGAUGGCGCAAGGACCCCGCUACUGAAUGCGUGGGUGGAGCGGCUUGGCGCGCUUGAAGCGGCCAAGGCGGUGCUGCCAGACGUCGACAGGCUGGUCGAAUUCGCUAAACGGUGGCAGCCCCAAGCCACGGCAACUGCAGCCUCAAACAACUAA